CUGGCCCAGCUAGACCACGCCACUCCCACCCCACUACGAUCGCCGACUGCCCCCCCCCGCUUUCGUCGUCGCUCCCCUUCUCUCCCCUCCCCUCUUCCUCCACCAUGCUGUCUCGCUCUGCUGGCCUUGCUGCUCGUUCUGUGGCUCGCUUCCAGGCGGCCCAGCCGGCUCGCCCCCUGGCUGCUGCUUUCAGCACUGCCGUUUCCGACGACUCGCUCCGCCCCGUUACCCUGAUCCCCGGUGACGGUAUCGGCCCCGAGAUUGCCGACUCCGUCAAGCGCAUUUUCGCCGCGGCCAAGGUCCCCAUUCGCUGGGACACCAUCGAUGUGACCCCCGUCCGCGACCCGGUUACCGGCAAGAACAAGCUCCCCGAGCGCCUGUUCGAGUCCAUGCGUGAGUCCGGCAUCGGGCUUAAGGGUCCUCUGGCUACCCCCAUCGGCAAGGGCCACAUUUCUCUGAACCUCACCCUCCGUCGCGCCUUCAACCUCUACGCCAACGUGCGCCCCUGCCGCUCCGUCGACGGCUACAAGACCCUCUAUGAUGGCGUCGACAUUGUCAUCAUCCGUGAGAAUACCGAGGGUGAGUACUCCGGCAUCGAGCACGAGGUGACCCGCGGUGUGGUGCAGUCCAUCAAGCUCAUCACUCGGGAUGCCUCGCGCCGCGUUUGCGAGUACGCCUUCCAGUAUGCCCACGACAACAACCGCAAGUCUGUGACCGUGGUCCACAAGGCCAACAUCAUGAAGAUGUCCGAUGGUCUGUUCCUGGAGCAGGCCCGUGAGGUUGCCAAGAACUGGCCGCACAUCGAGUUCCGCGAGUGCCUGCUGGAUCGCGCCUGCCUGAAUGUCAUUCAGGACCCCUCGCAGUUCGAUGUCCUGGUCAUGCCCAACCUCUAUGGUGAUAUCAUGUCCGACAUGUGCGCCGGUCUGAUCGGUGGCCUCGGUCUCACUCCCUCUGGCAACCAGGGCAAGGACGGCGCCAUCUUCGAGGCUGUCCAUGGCACUGCCCCGGAUAUUGCCGGCAAGGAUCUGGCCAACCCGACUGCCCUGCUCCUGUCCUCGGUGAUGAUGCUCCGUCACAUGAAGCUCGAGGAUUAUGCCAACCGCGUGGAGAACGCCAUCCUGUCCACCAUCGCCGAGGGGCAGGUCAUCACCGGUGACCUGGGCGGCAAGGCCAAGUGCUCGGAGUUCACCAAUGCCAUUUGCGCCAAGCUUGAGCAGGCCUAAUUGACGUGUGUGUGAGGGUCUUUCUUGUCGCGCGCGCGCGCGCCCCUCCCAGCGCGGCGGGGACGCGGGCCACACACAUACACACGCGCGCACACACACACACACGACUGUACCUUUCUUUCCCCCCCUGCGCACCCCACUGUUCCGUUUGGCCAUGUGCGUCGCGCGACACAGACACACAUUAAAAUAAAGACCACUAGACGCA